UCCCAGACAAGCUUGUUAUGAAGAUCCUGGCAGAACGCCUAAACGCACUGGACUGCGUGACCAAUGGUUGGGUGCUUUAUGGCUUCCCAAGAGACAUAGAGCAGGGGGAACAGCUGCAAGAAUCACAUAUUAUUCCAAACAGGGUAUUCUUCUUUACUCUCCCCUAUGAAUCCAUCAUGGAACGACUGUCUCAACGGAGGACUGAUCCUGUCACCGGGGAAAGAUACCACACUUCCUUCAGACCAGCACCCACACCAGAGAUCCAAGCCCGGCUCAGGCAGAACCCUAGAGACAAGGAAGAAAAUAUCGAGAAGCGCGUGGAGAACUAUUACAGGAACAUCAAGGAACUGGAGGAAUUUUAUGAAGAUGCCUUUUAUGUCAAUGCUGACCAAGACCCUCACGUUGUCUUUGAGUUUAUAGAAAGCUGUAUCAUUAAGCCCCUCCCAUGCAAAAAACUGAAAAGCUUGUAG